AUGUCGGAAGGAACGUGUAAGAGGAUCAUGCUGUUGAGGGUUGCAGGCUUAGCUAAGGAUCUACAAAUCCAUCAACUGCUUUAUGAUAUUGUCAAAAAUUCAUUAAAAUGUUCUUCGGAAUUGCUGCAAUUUAUGAGCAAAGUUGAUGAUGAUGGUUCCAACAUUUACAGCGUCACGGCAUUAUUCGCAAAAAGUGAUGUCUUUAAAUUUAUUCAUGAAGAAUUAGAAAAGAUUGCAACUUUUGAAGAAAUAAGAAAAAUGUUAAGAAGCACUGACAUUUGGAAGAGAAAUCUGUUCCAAACAGCAGUCAACCAAAAUACAUUUACAGUUCUUCAUGAUAGUUUGUGGAAAGUUAUUCGAAAAUAUUUCAAUUCCGCUGAAAUUCUGCAAUUUAUUAAACAUAUUGAAGCUUUUGACAAGAACUUGCUACUGCUUGCUAUUUUGGAGAAUACGACUGGUAUUGUUGAAUUGACUUGGAAGGAAAUCGUGCAGAAAAUUAAUGAAAAUAGCAUUCUUGAUAAGACACAAAAGGAAAGUUUUAACAAAUGUCAAGCAAUUGUCAACAAUGUCCUGCAAUUUCAUGGAAUUAAAGUAGAAGAUCGAGAAAUUUUAAAAUUUAAAUGGAUUGAAAAUAAAGAUUUUGAAGCAUGUAAAUUGUUUGACAGCAACUUGAAGCUAAUUGAUGAAGCAAAUAUAUCCAUCAAGUCAGCAAAUGAUUUGGCUAAAUUUGCAACAGACUUAGAAAUAAAAAAUCAUGAAAUUUUAUGGCGAUAUCUCCUCAAAACCUUUAAAAAUUGUAUUGAACUAUUCAAUUUAUUAUCAGAAGUGGACAGAGACAACGACAAUUAUAUCCACCUGCUGAUAAUUUUCAAUAAAUCAGAUGUUAUUGAAUUCACAAUCAAAAUGUUUAAAGAAAUUCUCAGCAGUUCACAAUAUCAAGAGAUUUUGAAAUCAAACGGAAUGCUUAAAAUAAAUUUGAUGCAAAAAGCUAUUCGUGACUCAAAGGAACUCAAACUGCAUCAGAUUUUAUUGAAAACUUUUCAAGAUGCAUGCAAAUCAAAAGAAGAAUUUUUGGAGAUACUCGGAGAAAUCAAUGAAUUUGGAAGUAAUAUGUUUGAUGUCACUGCUUCUUUUACUUCUAUGGAAAUUUUCAAUUUUAUGGUUGAAGAAUUAGCAAAAGUUGCAUCGAAUUAUAAAAUCAAGAAUUUGUUUAAUAAUUUGGACUUUGAGAGGCAAAACUUACUACAAGCUGCAAAUGCCCGCAACAAAUUUCUUGAGUUUCAUGCAAAUAUUUGGAGAAUUAUUCCAAAAUAUUUCAAUUCUUCUGAAAUGGUCAAUAUAAUAAAUCACUGUGACUAA